AUGAACAUGUUCCAAUCUGUCCUGGAGACGGUCCCAAAGACCAGGUCUCAGAUGGUGAAUGAGCUGGAUAUUCCAGAGGAUAUUACAGUAGACCCUUAUGUGUGGCGCGAACCUGAUGAGGAUGUAGACAGUGACACCACAUCUAUCACGAUUGAUGACUUUGAAGUGGCAACUGUCAGCUCAGACUCGAGUUUGGCGCUGUCCAGAGCUAUGACUGAUUCAGAGAUUGAUUACGAUAGAUAUAGAAAGUAUAAAACCAGAAGCCUGAGUGAUCCGUGGGCUCUCAUACGAACAGCAAACGAAUCGUUUCCCCCGGCUUACCUUGAAUCUUUAUAUAGUUGUCAGAACACGCCAUUAGGAAGUCCAGAAGUGUUGUACGAGCAGCGCAAGUACAAUGAGGAGUUGAAGCAGAAGAUGGAAAGAUUCUUCGAUGAGAUCUCCGUCUUCACACCCGACGACCCUGGACUGGAGAUGCUGCAGGAAGCCUUGGAGACUACUGAUAUGAAGAGUACGGAUUUGGACAGUGACACAUCCUGA